CAUCAACUCUUUAAUUAAUGUAUCACAAACAUAUUCAGUAAUUCCUUAAUUCCAAACUUAGAAAUCAAAUAUUCUGUUAAAUCAAAGAAUGGUAACAAAAUGACGCUCAAAUAACAAUUUUAUCGCAUAUUUUAUUGGACGACUUGGCUCAAGAGUGGUAUUGUUUGUAGCUCGAUACCAUGGCAACCAAACAUAAUGCUGGCGCAUGCGCAGGGCAAGUAUAGCCACUACUGGCACUGCAUGCUCUAGAGUCAGUUAGAAUAUAUUGUGGAAGGUAGUAGAUGGUUUCCUGUGUUAGUCGUAACAAAACUGACUUCAUUAAAUCUCCUUUAUAUCACCUGCUACUCUGGAAUAGAUAAGUUACGCGCAGAUGGAUUCCGGAGAAAAUUCCAUAGAUGAUCGAGAUGAAAAAAAUUACCAUCAUCGUAUAAAAGGAUCAGACAGGCUAAUGCGUAAAACUAGUGCAGAAAUAGUCAGUGAAGCAAAGAGUAUGCUAGUAGGAGCAUGUGGAACAAGACUGGUGUCGGCGCGGAGACCAAUUACACCACGCGAUCCCAGAAGACAGCUUUACGGACGAAUCGCCCCACCGGAACGCCCGCCUAGUGCGAUCAAUUUAAAAUACCUUCAGCAGGAUAUGCGUCCGUUACCAACACUAGAACCCAUCAUUACGAGUGCGGCUACAUCAAAUGUUGUACGCUUUGAAUUGGUAGAUUGUUCAAAGGCUAAUGGUGGUGACCUGGUUCGAACAACUUCUAUGAAUGGAAGAGAAAAACUUCCAGCUAUUAGUAAUAUGUCUAAUGUUUCACAAGUUUCAUUGGUAAAUACAGUAGCCAAUUUAAAAAAGGAUCAGAUUGUCGAGAAAACGGGCAAGUCCAAGGAUUUUAAAGAAACGGUAGAAACUACUAACCGCGCCAGCAUAGUGAAGAAUCAUCCAUUGAAAAGAAUUCAGCUGAAAUCGACCGAAGAUCAUUUUCAAUCAAUCGACACUGUUGUGCAUCGUUGUUUCGACCAAUCAAAGACACUAGGCAAACAAAACAAUGAACUGCUGCUAUCUUCCUCAACCGAGUCUCUUCUCGAAAUGUUGAAGAGCUACGCUGGACUAAAGGAAUGUGACGAGAGUACAGUUGCCCAAAUCAAUGCGAUAUUGAGUGAGCUGUUCAUAAGAGUCAAAGGAUCUAAAGGCGGUUGGCGUGGAACGGUUUUGGGUGUCCUAUAUGGUUUGGUAGAAGCCGUGUCAUCCAGCAUUUUGCUCUCAGUCGCUUGUAUCGUGUUGGCGGUAAGCUUUAUCUUGAAAUGCUAUUCACAAUACAAACGUUAUGCGGUCGUGACUCUGUUUCUGCAGAUGAAUGUUACUGGAAGCAACCUCACUGGCGCAUGCAAACUAGUCUUCAAAAUUGCCCGUAAUGAGCACAACGAUGCCUUGUUUAUGAAUAGCGAUGUACCAGAACUGUUGGUGGAUGGGCUCGGACGAGCGUCCCCAAUAGAUGACCCGGAAGCAUGCAUUUACGGAUAUGGCGCAGUUCGUUUUCUUGCUGGAUCAGUUAAUGAAGAUUAUGAUGACCAACACUAUUCUUCGCAGUUCUUAGCUAAGCGUCUGGUGGAUCAUGGACUUUGUCAGCUAAUGGUGUUACAUUUAAAAAUGAUAAAUGAAUUCGCCUCUUCCAAAAACAUUACCGGCCCAUCGUUGCAUGCGCUCUUUCAGUUAUCGGGUGCAUUGCGUACGCUAGCAGGUAACGUUCCGCGAUCGAAUGUUCUAUCUGAUGUACAGGAACGACAUUCUUUCCCAGAUUUCAGAGCAAAGAGUAGAUUAGAACUAAGACAAAUCGAUCAGUCCGUGUCAUUGCUAGUUCGAGCUGCUGAAAUUUGUAUUAAUGAGACGGAAGUGCAAGCAAACAUAAUUCGUACACUAAGCGUUUUAUCGGAGCGUCCCGACUGCUGCGAGCGCCUUGCCGAAACAGCACCUCGACUGGGUAUCCUAUUGGGUUCGAUAACGCAAACGAGUUCAUCAGUAGAAAGAGAGCUUGUUUCUUCAAAUCGGCUAGGGUACAUUCUCGGGAACAUUAUGUCUCGUUGCGAUAUGGCCCGUAUACAGUUUUACAAUUGUGACGUCUCAUGUGAUGCAUUGGUAGCGGCAUUAGAAUACUAUGCGACCAAGCGUUUCACAAUACGCAACCAAAUGGGCGAUUCAAUCGUAGACGUCUUGACUAAACUUGUAAGGGUUGUUGCAAACAUGUGCGUGAACGGUCUUGUAGGAUAUGGAAUGAGCAACCGGCAAUCAUUAGGAGAAAUACUUCUCAAGUUAUUACUCGCAGCCAUCCACCCCAAGACAUCGGAGUUAGAAGAAUUGCUCUUCGCUACACUUGGCGCUUUGCACAAUUUGUCUUACUACUACGAAUUAAAUGAGACUCAGAAAACUGCUACGAAUACCGGAAGCAUUUGUCAAAACUGGAAGGCUAUCUGUGGUGCAUUAUGUCGUAUCCUAAAUAGUGAUCACAACCCGACCAGAUCGGAAGUUGCUCGCGUGUUAGGUAACAUGACGCGAAACAGUAUUAUACGAGAAGCAUUUUACGAAGAAAAUGGACUGGAGAUAUUGAAACGAUGUAUCAGCUCGAAUGACGAUGAGCUCAUAGUAACUGCUUGUGGCGUUUUGGUGAAUGUACUAGGCGAUUUGACUCGUAGGGUACUAUUUCAGGAGAUUGAUGGCCCCUUAAUGUUGAGACAUAUUUUACAUCGUGGUGUAACUAAACGUGAUUGGAUUAUGGCUGGCAUCACUUGCCAAGCAAUCUGGAAUUAUCUUAUCGACGCUGGAGACAUUCUGCAGGCAUUGAGCCAAGUUAGCAUUGAUUAUAUAUGCGAAGAUCUAGCAGAGGCAUUAGACGAAGAAACUCUAUUCCAUGGAAACAAACCGGAUGCUUUCUGGGAAGAUUUUGCUCUUGUCGCAACUGACCUAUUGGAACGAUUGCAAUUUGGCAUAUCUGGUGAGAACUCGAAUUGUGAAACAUCAGAAGACGAGCCAAUAAAUCGCAACAAUUUUCAAGAGUAAUGAUAAACUAUUUUAUCAGUAUAAAUUUAAUUUCAUUGGUAAAAAAUGACUAAAACACAAUUUUGAUUCUCAUUUUUAAACGUUAUAUUACAAAAUAUUAUUAUGUGAACAGCAGAAAAAAAUACAAUUGUAUUGUAAAAUGCUCAAUUGAGCAAUUGUAAUGUAAAUAUAAAUUGUACAUACACAUAAUGCAAUAGCGCACAUAUCAGCGGCGCUAAUUCAAAGUUCUAUUGAUUUGGAUCUUUUAUUUUCAUUGAUUUUUUUUUGUUAAGAGCCGAGGAAUGUU